AUGAGGCGGAGCGCCAGUGAAAAGUGCCAUAAAAGCGGCGAAGGUGGCAAGUGCGGGCGAAGGACGGCAACGGGUGGUGGCAGCGAUGAUAGUUCAUACAGGGAGGAUGAGAUAAAUGGUCGAGUUUCUAUCAGGCCAUCCGAGGGCCCUAGUUCGACCUGCUUCCCUGUACCCUUUAUGUUGACUUCCAGAUCGAAGGCUCUUAGUCCUGAGUUGUCGACGUUCGACCACUACCAGCCCUGGUGUGGUUCUGCUCGACCGGACGGCUCACUCGGCAUAGUCGACCAGUUUAUUCCCUUAGCCAGCGCACGAGUUCAAAGGACGAGCCAUGGCCACUGGCGCAGGGGCGCGCUGGACCAAAGCACGGACAUGNGGCGCAUGGACAGAAGCGCACGCUACGGGGCACUGGCUUGUGCGCGCGCGCAGCUAGGCGUCUGCGAGGCAUUGGGCCUCGGCAGCCUGCGGGCGCGGAGUGCUGGGCGCGCGCCUAGGAGCUGGGGCAACGUGUUGGACUGCUGGCCUAGGGCCUGGGCACGGGUGCUAGGGCCCGGCUUCACGUGGCUAAGGCUCGGUGGAUGUCGGGAAAGGCUCGGUGCAACAGCACCACGCGAUGAUCUGGCGAUCCCGAAACACGCAACACGAAGUUUGACGAGGAGAAGCAAGGAACGUAGGCUCAAGGAUGCGUCUCAGAAUUGUUCGUCCAGUCCCGUAGGCUGUCAAGGCGUCGCCAUUGGGGCGGUGGAAGAAGAUGGGUGCCUUGGCCUUUGCUCUGCCGCCACUUCCUACACCACCAUCUCCACUCAAAUGCUCGGUAACAUCAAGCCUUCGCCGCCGCUGUCGUUUCUGUUCAAGACUCUCCGGGAGCGAUUCAGUCUCUUCCUCGCCCACCACCUACCGUCCCGCCGUAAUUCUUCCAGUAAUUCAUCUUCUCUCCCCUCAUUCGUCCUUGGAUUGGGGAAUAAUACGAAUGAUUACGAGAAAUUAGCCUUAAUCUUGAGGGAUUAUGGAGUGCCAUGUGUGGUUGCUAGGGUUUCCAGGAUUGAUUGGUUGAGAAAUGCUGCUGGCUUGCUGGACUCGAAUUAUUGGCGAGGCACUCUCCGGCCUCGACCUGUUCUUGAUUGGUAUCUUGAAAGGGUUGGAAAAGCUGUGAUGGAGGCAAAGGAAUUGGCUCAAGGCUCAACUCUAUCAUUGAUUGGGCACUCAGCAGGUGGAUGGCUGGCCCGCGUCUAUUUGCAAGAAUUUGGCACAUCCGAUGUGCUCCUUUUGCUUUUUUCCAGUGCACCACCUAAAGGCGUAUCAGGAGUCAUAGACCAAACUAGGGGUCUUUUGGAUUUUGUGGAGAAACAUUGUCCUAAAGCCAUUUACACCCGUGACCUCAAAUACGUUUGCAUUGCCGGGAGGUACAUUCAAGGGGCUCGAUUAGUGGGAUCGAACAACAGGAAAAGUCCAUCAACCCUCGUCCAAAUUGAACAACAGGCCAGUGAAAUGGGUGGUGUUGAUACAUCAACACCAGCAUCAACCACCUUGCGUGCUCAAUUUGUUGGUCAAGGAUACAAACAGGUAUGUGGGCAAGCAGACGUUUGGGGCGAUGGUGUGGUGCCUGAGAUGUCGGCACAUCUUGAAGGUGCAUUGAAUAUCAGUUUUGAUGGUGUGUGCCAUUCACCAGUGGGUUCAGAUGAUGAGAUGAGACCAUGGUAUGGGUCGCCUGCAAUUGUUGAACAAUGGAUACAUCAUCUCUUCACCUGAAGAAUGUACAUUGCCAGAGCCAGUAUUUGGUGUCUAGUCAAAAUGUGAUUUGAUUUUUAUGCAUUCACUGCAAUGCUUUUCUCCUUUUCAAGGGAUUUUGUAAAUUAACAUUCUUUCUCGCUGAAACCAAGAGUAUUUCUACACUCAAUUUUUCCUGAAACAAUUGUUUAUUCCAUGUAGAUCUGAAUAAGAAAUGACGAUAAGAAAGAAUAAAAAAAAAAAUGUAUUUU